AUGAGCAAGGAACAGAUGACCAGGGAUAAAGGGACAAUUCCCAAGUACACAGUUGGCAAAAAAGUCUGGUUGGAUGGGAAAAACGUGGAACUUAGGACUAAUUCCAACAAAUUGGACCCUAAACGGCUAGGCCCAUUCAAAGUGCUAGAGAAAGUAUCCAGUCAUGCAUACCGCCUCAAGCUACCAGAAACCCUAAAAAUCCACAAUGUUUUCUACGUGGGAUUACUGUCCAAGAGUCACAAAUCACCAAGUCAACCAUUCCCAGGACAAUCUCCCCCCAAGACAAUAGAAGGGGAAGAAGAGUACAAGGUGGAACAGAUCAUUGACUCCAAAUGGCAACAAGGGAAAUGGUUUUACCUGAUAAAAUGGAAGGGAUAUGGCCUGGAAGACAACUCCUGGGAACCAGAAGAACUGUUGGAACACAGCCAGGACAAGAUUAAGCGCUUCAACAAGGCUAAACUCAGAAAGGCUUGUGACGCUGCCAAGAGCCUUUAA